CAGAGUGAAACUUAGCUUCCACCUAGAAUCAGCAUGUUUUCGGCCAAGAGUCUGGUGUGCCUCGCCCUUCUGGCGGUGGCCAAUGCCCAGUUCGACACCAACUACGCCUCCGGGCGCAGUGGGAUGGUGCACCUCUUCGAGUGGAAGUGGGACGACAUCGCCGCCGAGUGCGAGAACUUCCUGGGGCCGAACGGCUUUGCCGGAGUGCAGGUCUCCCCCGUCAACGAGAACGCCGUGAAGGACAGCCGCCCCUGGUGGGAGCGGUACCAGCCCAUCUCGUACAAGCUGGUCACCCGCUCCGGAAACGAGGAGCAGUUCGCCAGCAUGGUCAGGCGGUGCAACAACGCCGGAGUGCGCACCUACGUGGACGUGGUGUUCAACCACAUGGCCGCCGACGGAGGCACCUACGGCACGGGGGGCAGCACCGCCAGCCCCAGCAGCAAGAGCUACCCCGGAGUGCCCUACUCCUCGCUGGACUUCAACCCCACCUGCGCCAUCAGCAACUACAACGACGCCAACCAGGUGCGCAACUGCGAGCUGGUGGGUCUGCGCGACCUCAACCAGGGCAACUCCUACGUGCGGGACAAGGUGGUCGAGUUCCUGGACCACCUGAUCGACCUCGGCGUGGCCGGGUUCCGGGUGGACGCGGCCAAGCACAUGUGGCCCGCGGACCUGGGCGUCAUCUACGGCCGCCUCAAGAACCUGAACACCGAGCACGGCUUCGGCUCGGGCGCCAAGGCCUACAUCGUGCAGGAGGUCAUCGACAUGGGCGGGGAGGCCAUCAGCAAGGCCGAGUACACCGGCCUGGGCGCCAUCACCGAGUUCCGCCACUCCGACUCCAUCGGCAAGGUCUUCCGCGGCAAGGACCAGCUGCGCUACCUGACCAACUGGGGCACCGGCUGGGGCUUCGCCGCCUCCGACCGCUCCCUGGUCUUCGUCGACAACCACGACAACCAGCGCGGACACGGGGCCGGAGGCGCCGACGUGCUCACCUACAAGGUGCCCAGGCAGUACAAGAUGGCCUCCGCCUUCAUGCUGGCGCACCCCUUCGGCACCCCGCGGGUGAUGUCCUCCUUCUCCUUCUCGGACACCGACCAGGGCCCGCCCACCACCGACGGCCACAACAUCGCCUCGCCCUCCUUCAACAGCGACCUCUCCUGCGCCGGCGGCUGGGUCUGCGAGCACCGCUGGCGCCAGAUCUACCAGAUGGUGGCCUUCAGGAACGCCGUGGGCUCGGACGCGGUGCAGAACUGGUGGGACAACGGCAGCAACCAGAUCUCCUUCAGCCGCGGCAGCAGGGGCUUCGUGGCCUUCAACAACGACAACUACGACCUGAACAGCUCCCUGCAGACCGGCCUUCCCGCCGGCACCUACUGCGACGUCAUCUCCGGCUCCAAGAACGGCUCCUCCUGCACCGGCAAGUCGGUCACCGUCGGAUCCGACGGACGCGCCAGCGUCUACAUCGGGAGCUCCGAGGACGACGGCGUGCUGGCCAUCCACGUCAACGCCAAGUUGUGAGCAUGGAGCAUGGAGCAUUGAGCAUCGGGCCAAGUACCGAUGGAGUCAUUGAGAUUACUAAUUUUACUAAAUACACAUGACGAGAUUAUUAA